GCUGUGAACAGUGUGUCUGAGAUAGAGGUAGUCACCUGUGUCUGGAUUCUCCCUGUCUCCCAUCAGGUGAUGGGAUGGUGAGUGAGAAUGAGGAGGAGAAACCCCAUCAGGAAGAUGCUGAGCGAAGAGAAGCACAUGGAAUAUUAUCAGGAAGAUCCAAAGAGAAUGUUUCCAGGAGUUGUGCACUCCCAGAAAAACCAAAAGCCUGUGAGACUCAGGGGAGGCCAGAGGGAAACUUGAGUAGCCUCUCAGACCUUAUAACAAGCGGCAGAAUCAACUUGGAAGAGACACGCUACAGGUGCCAUGAGUGUGGGAAAAGCUUCAAUUGGAGCUCUACCCUUGUCAGACAUCGCAGAAUCCACACAGGAGAGACGCCUUAUACGUGCACUGAGUGUGGGAAAAGCUUCAGUCAGAGCUCAGACCUUAUCACGCAUCAGAGAAUCCACAUGGGAGAGAAGCCUUACAUGUGCACUGAGUGUGGAAAAAGCUUUAGUUGGAGCUCUACCCUCAAUGCACAUCGUAGAAUCCACACAGGAGAGACGCCCUACACAUGCUCUGAGUGUGGAAAAAGCUUUAGUUGGCGCUCAGACCUUAUCACACAUCAGAGAAUCCACACAGGAGAGAAGCCCUACACAUGCUCAGAGUGCGGGAAAAGCUUUAGUUGGCGCUCACACCUUAUCGGACAUCAGAGAAUCCACACAGGAGAGACGCCUUAUACGUGCGCUGAGCGUGGGAAAAGCUUCAGUCGGAGCUCUACCCUGAACACACAUCGUAGAAUCCACACAAGAGAGACGCCUUACACAUGCUCUGAGUGCGGGCAAAGCUUCAAUCAGCGCUCAAGGCUCAUUAGACAUCAGAAAAUGCACAGCAGAGAGAAUUGUAAUAAAUCCCUUGCCUAGUGUUGGCAAAAACGAAUUUUUUAAAAAAAAUCACAUUAGCUAAUUCCCCCAUAGUGAUUUUUGCAUCGUCUUCACCGUGGUGUCUCAGCUCCACCAGAUAAGUUGCCGCCUUCUGCCUUUUUCAGCUCAUCCUUCUUUGGGGUCAGUCCUAUGAUCUUUUCUAUCAACUCCUUUCCUUUUUAAUCAUAGGAGUGUGUGUCCCUCCAGCCAGCAAUGUUCAUGAGUUCCAAGUUGGGGAGAGAGGUUUGAUCCCAACAAGCUACACUGAGGCAAAAACUACCUGUGCCUUCCAUCCACUAGGACUGUACAUGGCGUUGGCUGCUCAAGUUAGUGAUCUUGGUGUAAAAAGUUGUAGUGCAGAUGCAGCCCAGGUGCAGUGGUUGGCAUUAGCUUUCCCCUUGACCUGACCUAAACUCCAUCACUUUUCCUAGUCUAAACUAACCCUGAGCAUCACGGUUAUCCUGUUCCCCCAUUUCAAAGCAAUUCUUAGUCAUCGAGUUCUCCCUUGGGGAACAAAUUGUUUCAUUCCCAGUUGUUCUGAUAUUGCUUCAGGUUGUGCUGGAGAACAGAUAUUUUUAUUAUUAUUUUCCACACUUAAAAUAUAUUGAACUAUAACAAAGAGCAGGAAGAGGGCAGGGAUAGGGAAAAAAGUCAUUUCCUCCUCUGUAACAACAGACAUAAUUAGGGUAGGUCAGAGGGAGUCCCUCAUUCCCCAUCACUGUCCUCCGUCAAUCCAUGCUAGAACCUCAGAAUCCUUUUCCUUUCCCCAGUUGUGGGAUGGGAGACUUCCAAAAGUGCUCCCUGUGCUAUAGCACAUGGCUAAGCUCAGAGAAUAAACCCCAAAUCUUCCCUGAGCUUUGCUUUUUGAAUUCUGUAUUUCCGAUUGCUUCAAGCCUGGGCAUUGUGAUUAUUAACCAGUUUCUCUAGCACUGUUCCUACCACUGUUUCUGUAACAUAUUUUGUUUUUUUAUGGGA